GUCAACAACUCUUCGGUAGAAGUUUUUGCUUCACACACAUAUGUCAGCAGAGUUUCUCAAUCUGUCACUUUGCUAGGAGGAGUGAGUUUGCUGGAGGAAGGAGACAUCGGACAGAGGCGCCAUGACCUUCUGACAACUCCCGCGCUCCGUUUUCCGAUGAGAGCCUCACCUGGCGCCGUUGUCACCUUCAUCCCGGUGUACCUGUUAGCUGCCGUCGCCGUUAUUUGACCACCGUGGAGCAACACCCACGUCGGGAGGACAAGUCACCAUGCUAGCCGCCGUUAGCCGCCGCUACUUCACGUAGCGUCAGCCGCGCUUCCUUCGCCACACUCGACACCCCAACAAGCGCAGCGGCGCUUUCUCCCCAAAGUGAACUCUCCGUCCCCGCGAACGGCAUUUUGUGCGAGCUUUCCGCGGGCGAGGCGCGAGCGUGUCAGCGUCAGAAAAUGGGACUACACCCGCUGGAGUUCAGCGAGUGCUAUCUGGACAGCCCGGGCUUCAGGGACAACAUCAAGGCGCACGAAGCGGAGCUGGACAAAACCAACAGGUUCAUUAAAGAGCUCUACAAGGACGGGAAGAACCUCAUCAAUGCCACCAAACAGCUUUCAAUGGCACAGCGAAAGUUUGCCCAGUGCCUCGGCGAGUUUCAGUUUGAGUACAUUGGCGAUGCUAAGACGGAUGAUGAGCGCUGCAUUGAUGAAUCUUUGCAAGAGUUCUCGCUAUUCCUUAAAAACCUUGAAGACCAAAGAGAGCUGAUGAUGAGAAACAUCACAGAAACCUUGAUGAAGCCCCUGGAGAGAUUCAGGAAAGAGCAGCUCGGUACAGUAAGGGCAGAAAAAAAGAAGUAUGAGAAAGAAACAGAGAAGUACUACAGCUCUCUGGAAAAGCUUCUGAACAUGUCAGCAAAAAAGAAGGACACACAGUUACAAGAGGCCAACACCCAGGUGGACAACAUGAGGAAGCACUUCCAGGAGGAGUCUCUGAGCUACGUGUGCAAACUGCAAGAGAUCCAGGAGAGAAAGAAGUUUGAGUGCGUGGAACCGAUGCUGGCCUUCUUUCAGACGGCCUUCACCUUUUAUCACCAGGGCUAUGAGCUGGCCAAGGACUUUGACCAUUAUAAAAGAGCGCUGCAGAUCAAUAUUCAGAAUACACGGAAUCGCUUUGAGGGGACGCGGUCAGAGGUGUACGAGCUAAUGAAGAGGAUCAAGGAGGCGCCCCAGGAAUACCGACAGACCAGCUCCAUCAGUUAUGAAGGCUACCUCUAUGUACAGGAAAAAAGGCCACCUCCCUUCGGUUCAAGUUGGGUCAAACGUUACUGCACAUUUGUCAAGGAGCAGAAGAUCCUGCACAUGGUCACCUUUGACCACAGAUCCGGUGGCAAGAUUGGAGAGACGGAGUCUGUCACUCUCAAAUCAUGUGUCCGCAAAACGACCGACAUCCUGGACAGGAGGUUCUGCUUAGACCUCGAUAUCACAGACCGGCCAGGGACAGUGCUAACAGUACAGGCCUUGUCAGAGGAUGACCACAAGUUCUGGAUGCAGGCCAUGGGUGGGAAGGAACCUAUUGGACACUAUCUUGGGAGGACAUAUUCUAAAGAAAGAGGAAUUGAUGCUCAGCUGGAUGAUGUGGGUUUGACGUUUGUUAAGAACUCCAUUAGCGCCAUCGAGACACGAGGUAUCAAUGAUCAGGGUCUCUACCGAGUUGUUGGGGUGAGCUCCAAGGUCCAGAAUCUCCUGUCAUUAAUGAUUGAUGAGAAGAGCAACGAAGUGGAUCUGUCUUCCAGCGAGGACUGGGACGUUAAGACCAUAACGAGUGCACUGAAGCUUUAUAUGAGGAGCCUUCCUGAGCCGCUGAUGACCUACGGACUUUACAAAGAGUUCAUCAGCCCCGCAAAGGGCGGUAGUCCAGACUCUCGCAUCCAAGCCGUCCAUUGCCUGGUCCACAAACUACCCGAGAGGAAUCGACAAGUCCUCGGGCUGCUUAUGAAGCAUCUGGCCAAAGUGGCGGCGCACAGCAAGCAGAACCUGAUGACCGUGGCCAACCUGGGCGUGGUGUUUGGACCCACAUUGAUGCGGCCUCAGGAGGAGACCGUCGCGGCCAUCAUGGAUCUCAAGUUCCAGAACAUCGUGGUGGAAAUCCUCAUUGAGCAGCAUGAAACGAUUUUUGCAGAUGCUCCCGAGUCGUGCCCCCUCUCACCUGCUGCCCCUGUCGUCUCCGCUCCCACGAGGCAAUCCAAGAGGCUGAGUCGGCAGAAUCGUCCCCUGGCUGUCUACAAUCCACAGUCUCUGGACAUUCAGAAUGCGGCCGGAGAUUUCAACCUGGCUGCGGACGAGGCGUCGAUGGGCAGCAACGAGUCCGUGUCGUCGCAGUCGUCCUCGGCGUCGGCCUCGGAGGCGCCCGCAGAGAAGCCCGAGCACGCGCCGCUCUCCGGCAGCCUCAGCUCCGGCAGCAGCUCCAGAACACCCACAGCAGCGUCGUCCACCUCUGGAGCGUCAGGCGAGAGCCAACCCGCUACGACACCUGUCACAGACAAAGAAAAGCCAGACGAGAGUGUCACCGGCAGGAAAGCCGUGGCAGUUUACCCGUGCGAGGCUGAACACGACUCUGAGCUCUCCUUCCAGGUCGGCGCAAUAUUCCACGCCGCCUGCAUCAAAGUGCCUUUGCGAGCAGCUGGGGCCAAAGACUGGAGGGCCGCCGCUCAGCGAUGCCCUUCGGACCCACUGGCGAAGCAUAACCAUGACAUCCCGGACUUGGAGUCGGCGGCGGUUACGAUGCGGGAGCUGCUGCUGUAGUGGACUCAGUGUCACAUCAGUGCGGGAUCCAGCUCCCUGCGCUGUGCUGGACGUACGGAGGCAGGUUUUUAAGCCGGCGACCACUUUGGGACUAGAAAGCCCAUUGGUCGUUACGAGAACGGCGUCAGAGACAAGCAGGGAGGGCGGUUGGGAAGCGAGGCCGUGGGCUUCGCGCGCUUGUGCGGAGGUGAGGAUCGUAAGCGCUUGGAGCAGGACGCUGCUGCUGUACCGCGACCGGACGGGGUCAUGAGAUACUCCAGGCUCAGAGAGACCUCAGCCAAGGUCAGACACGCCAGCGCUGCGCGCUCUUACUUCCUGCUCCUUUUUCCACCCAUUCACUCCCUCUAUUUAACAUACACAUUUCCCAAGCAGCCCACAGGCACACACUCUCUGACUCGCUGGUGCUCCCUCAGCUGACAGGUCCUGACAGCUCCUCUAUAAACAUUUUUGCUGCUACUCCUUCCACACGGCCCUGGAAUUACCUCUGACUGACGAUAGCCACUGUACCUGCAGUGCUUCAGAAAACCCAGCGAUGGACCACUUACUUCUGAAAUUAUUCACCAGCGCUGUGAAGACAUGUGUGCAGAAUUUUCAUAAAGCACAAUUGCUCUAUCCUGUCGACGGGUACAGUUAUUUCUCUGCUGCGUAUUAGAAACCAAACACCAGGGGAUUAUUAUUUACUGCUUCCACUAUAUUAUACAUAGACUCAUGCAGCAUUUGACUAGAGCCGAUUAAAGUUACCUAUUUAAAUCUGUAUACCGGCUUCCAUUAUCCACAACCUCUCUUUUAAAAUUCCACCCCGGGUUUGAAGGGAGUGGAGAAAAAUAGCAGGUCUUGGAGCACUGCCUGGUGCUUGACUGGCUUUUAUUAAGUACAGCAGGGCUCUCUGGAAAACCUCCAGAGGACCAGCGAGGAGAGGAGAGGGAGGCCACAGCAACAGAAGGACCAGCUUUACCCACCCCCCACCCCCAUUGUCUCCUCUUUCUUUCUCCCUAUAGCUGUGCACCUGUCUCUUACUUACCACAACACGCUCCCACUAUCAACCCAUGCCUGAUCUGACUCUUCGACUCUUCCUCGCCCCCCUCGGCCUCUCAUCCUAUGGGUAAUACUGUAUGUCUCCUCCUCAUCUUGCGCAGCAUCCACUAGCUGGGGUCCAGCGGGAGUGUCCCUGCAACCAGAUGACUCAAAACCGCUUUAUAUAAAGCAGUGUAUGUCAGGGAAAGGCUUUCACACUGUCUUUACCAUAUGUCACUGGACUGCGAAGCCAAAACGAACCACAUACCACUGGGCGGGGAGAUGGUCUACACGUUUUCAUAUACUGCACGGUACUGUAUGUGCUCAGCAGAGAAGGAUUUGUGUCUGUUUUAAUGUACAAUUAUCUCUUUAACAGUAAUCACAGUGG